AUGAAAACGUUAAUUUUAUAUUUAAAAAGUACUACAUUUCUUCUUUUAAUUUGGAUGUAUCAAUGUUUUUAUAACUGUGAUUCCUAUAAAACAUUGAUUGGUGAAAAUAUAUUGCAAAAAGAAAAUAAGUUAAAAUAUGAAAGGAUAUUAACAGAGGGUGACAUAACAGCAAAAAAUCAAGCUUACGCUGAAGUAUACACAGAAGAAUGUCCGUUAGAUAAUAAAAAAAACAAAUGUGAAGAUCCGUUUCAAUAUGAGAAUCCGUGCGAUCAUUGGAAUAACGUCAUUGCUCCACGAAUGUUGGAGCUAUUUAAUAAAGAAACAAGUGGAAUGGACCCUAAAUGGAGAGACCAAAAAUGGAAAAAUGAAUGGAAUAACAUUUCAUCUAAAAAAGUUAAUGAUCUAUCUUCAAUAUCUCAUCGACAUGAUAUUUCAGAAGAAGAAAAAAAAAAAUUAAUUGAUAGUGUUAUGGAAGAACUUUUCUCAGAAUUUGUAAAAUUUUUAGACGAAUGUGAAAAAGAGAUAAUAGACAAUAAAACAGGAUCCGUAUGUAAGAAAGAGAUGAGAGACAAUAAAAUCGAAUCCAAAUGUAAGAAUGAGAUGAGAGACAAUAAAACAAAAUCCGAAUCUAAGAAAGAGAUAAGAGACAAUAAUACGGAAUCCGAAUUUAAGAAAGAGAUGAAAGACAAUAAAACAGAAUGCGAAUUUAAGAAAGAGAUGAAAGACAAUAAAACAGAAUCCGAAUUUAAGAAAGAGAUGAAAGACAAUAAAACAGAAUGCGAAUUUAAGAAACAGAUGAAAGACAAUAAAACAGAAUCCGAAUCUAAGAAUGAGCAGGGAGAAAAUAAAAUAAAAAAUAAGAAAUUAAAUAUUUGGAAAUUUCUUAUUAAUAUGUUUGAUAACCAUUAA